AAAAAAAAAAAAAAAAAAGAAAGAAAAGAAAAGUCAGGGCUAGCUCUGAGCCUGGAGUAGUAGGUAGAAUAGUUACAGUGUCCCUAGGUGUCCUCAGGGGAUUGGUUCCAGGAGCCCCUGCAGAUACCAGAACCUGGGGAUGCUCAGGUCCCUUCUAUAAGAGGGUGUGGUGCAGUGAACAGUCAGCCCUCUGGAUUUUCCGUCCGCAGUGGUUGCCUCAACUAUAUGUUUUUGACAGUAAAAAGGAAGUUUAAAAGGGAUGUAUGUGGUGGGAGUUUCCGCUGUGGCACAACAGGAUCGGCACCAUCUCUGUAGCACCAGGACGCAGGUUCAAUCCCCAGCACAGUCAGAGAUCCAGCAUUGCUGCAACUGUGGUAUAAGUGGCAACUGUGGCUCGGAUCUGAUUCCUGGCUGGGGAACUCCAUAUGCUGCAGCUUGGCCAGAAAAGAUUUAAAAAAAAAAAAAAAAAAGGAUGUGAUGAAAUUCAUUUCAACAACUGCUGGAUUGCUUUGGAAGUUACUGUGGCCUCCAGGUCCCUGUGGGCUUUGUCUGUUUGUCAGCCUCAUGUGAAUAUUGGGCAGGCAUAGAUUGAGGUGGGUCCCAUGUCUCAAAUAACAUUUAUUUCUUACGCUCCUUUUUUAAUGCCAGUAUUUUUCAACAGGAACUUGCGAUGAGCCAGGAUGGUAGAAUUUUCACCCCUUAUUUUUUGUGGAUUAAAAGGAAUUAUAGGGUCCCAGUUAUUAAAGUAGAAAAAAUUUUGUGCAAAAGGGUUGUUUUGAUUUCUUCAUUUUUUUUCCUGUUAAGCCUUUAGAAUAACUUUUUCUGGUGCACACAAACCAGGCAGCCAAACAGGAGUAUUUAUGAGGAGUGUAAGAAUGGCCCACCUCCCCUUCAGAGCAUGAAACAUGGGGCAGGACGUAUCACUGGACAAGUAAAGGCGUAUUUUACUUCUUUUCCUACUUCAGCUUCAUUCAGUUGCCUUUCAGAACCCUGACUGCCCUCCUUCAGCACAUUCAUUAUGAAAUUAUUGCGGGUACUUUUGUUUGCUGGGCUUCUAACUGGUUGCGGAGGGAACUCUUCCCAUCCUUUGCCGCCCAGGUUACUGCUGUUGUCCUUCGAUGGCUUCAGAGCUGACUACCUACAGAACUACGAAUUUCCUCAUCUCCAGAACUUUAUCAAAGACGGCGUCUUGGUCAAGCAGGUUCAGAACGUUUUCAUCACCAAAACAUUUCCCAACCACUACAGCAUCGUGACAGGCCUGUAUGAAGAAAGCCACGGCAUUGUGGCCAAUUCCAUGUAUGAUGUCAUCGCAAAGAAACACUUCUCCGACACGAACGACAAAGAUCCUUUUUGGUGGAAUGAGGCAGUGCCUAUCUGGGUGACCAAUCAGCUUCAGGGCAACAGAUCCAGCGCAGCUGCCAUGUGGCCUGGCACAGACGUCCCCAUUCACAACACCACGCCAUCCUACUUCAUGGAUUACAGCCCCGCCGUGUCCUUUGGGGAGCGGCUGGGUAACCUCACCACGUGGCUGAGCAGUUCGAACCCACCGGUCACCUUUGCGACGCUCUAUUGGGAAGAACCAGACGCAAGUGGCCACAAAUACGGCCCCGCAGAUAAAGACAACAUGCGCAGGGUGUUGAAAGAAGUAGAUGACCAUGUCGGUGAGCUCGUUCACCAGCUCAAGGUGUUAGGACUGUGGGAAACUCUUAACGUGAUCAUUACAAGUGAUCAUGGGAUGACCCAGUGCUCUAAGGACAGACUGAUAAACUUGGAUCACUGCAUCGACCCGGCAGACUACACUCUUGUAGACUUGACCCCAGUGGCUGCCAUACUUCCCAAGAAAAAUAGAACAAAAGUUUAUUACAAACUGAAAAUCUGUGACCCUCACAUGAAAGUUUAUCUCAAAGAAGACAUUCCUGCCAGGUUUCAUUACCAACAUAAUGACCGAAUUCAGCCUAUUAUUUUGGUUGCCGAUGAAGGCUGGACAAUUGUGCUAAAUAAAUCAUCCCUCAAACUAGGUGACCACGGUUAUGAUAACUCUUUGCCUAGUAUGAAUCCGUUUCUAGCUGCCCACGGGCCUGCAUUUCACAAAGGCUACCAACACAGCACCAUUAAUACCGUGGAUAUUUACCCAAUGAUGUGCCACAUCCUGGGAUUAAAGCCACAUCCCAAUAACGGAACCUUUGGGCACACCAAGUGUUUGUUAGUCGACCAGUGGUGCAUUAAUCUCCCAGAAGCCAUCGGGAUUGUUAUCGGGGCGCUCUUGGUUUUAACCACGCUAACCUGCCUCAUCAUAAUCAUGCAGAAUAGACUCUCGCGGCCCCGGCCGUUUUCCCGACUUCAGCUGCAAGAAGAUGAUGACGAUCCUUUAAUUGGGUAACACGAGCUGGGGUUUAUACACAGUGGCUUUGAUUAGGACGCACCCAAGGAACUAUGGUGUCACAACUAGGAAAAAGUACACUUUGAAAGUCGGAGAACUUAGACCACGCAUGCUCAGCUCGUUUUGUUUUUCUUUGUGUUUUGUUUUGCUUUCUUAGCUAAUACAAGAAACUCUGACCGUAGUGAAAAUUGCUACUAAAUCACUAGUUAAACACCACCUGUUUCUCUAACUGGAACCUUUUUUUAGGGAAAAAUACUGCCUUUGCCUUUUCUUUUUUUUUUUUUUUUUUUUUUCCGGCAAAGAAGAUGUGACACAUCUUUAGAUGAAAAAGCACCAAAAUUUAAGGGGUAGGCUUUUCGAAUACAUUUUUACAUUUGUAAAUUAAACAACAGAAAUCUUUAUAAAAUCUGUGAAUUUUGUGAAUCAGGGAGGGAAAGUUUCCUGUAUUUUUAUAUUUACUAUUAAUAGACUUUGUAACCCAAGUAAAAAACCCCCAGACGUAGGAAAUUCUCUGUGAUGGUUAAUAAAAUGGAUCAACCAGGCAGAAAAGAUCUAGCAUAUGAAGACGUUACUAUAAGAAAAAUUAUUAUAAAAAACAAGCAGAGACCAUGUGACACAAAGCCUGGCCUUCGCCAUUGCAUUUUUGUUAAAACCCAUACGCUGUUAAAGAAAGCCUCAAAAGCUGUGUCUUUGAAAGAUUAUUGCUAAUAAGAAAAUAGGGGAAAAUAGAGACAAGUGCAUUUCCUGCUUUGUGCUGAAUGUCUUUGUGUCAGUUAUUUAGGUGUGUGCGUGUGUGUGUGUGUGUGUGUGUGUGUGUGUGUUGCAUGUAUGGAUGUGCAGACUUUGUGUGACUUAUAGGAGGUGGUGAGAGGUGAGUGGCCUGUAGGCAGGCUCCCACCUUCCCAUUGCACGCAGCUCUCAGGAAAGUUUAUAUUUACACUUCAUAUUUGUUUACUCUCUUCUAACUCAGAAGUGAAAAUCAUUUUUAAAAAUUCCUUAAUUUCUGUUACCAUUUUUAACUCUCUCAUGUUGUUUUGUGCAACCAAAGGUGUCUCAGUGCUGCAGAAGAAUUAAUUUAUGGCCUGAAUACAUACCUGGUUUUGACUGGGUCAGAACGAGGAAGAGAGAUGUUUCUAUUUACCUUCGGGAAUUUUUUGCCUCCCUUUAUAGGCAAUAGAGUAGCUAAAUUUAAAAUGGAAUUGAGUCUCUUUUGACCUUUUACAUUAAUCAUAUGUUAAGUGGCUGGAUAAUUUCAGCAUUCUGUUAACGUUUGGUACCCUCAGUGCUGCCUCUGCUUUUUUUCCUCCAAUAUUUUGUUCAUGGAAAUAACCACUCUGCUCAUAUGGACAUUUUUAACAUACUUGUUCUGAGCCAAGGAUUUAUUGUGAAUUACUCUCAUCUUAACUUGCUAAGUAGUACCUUCUAAUAAUCAAAAUUAAUAUGAAGAAACUGAGUGGUGGCCAAAGAGAUUCUAUCAGAAGAGAAUUUGGGUUUAAAAGAAGCAUUCUAGGGACCUCAGGCAAGCAAUUCAUAUUUCCAGUGCGAUCUUUAAAGUUUUGGCAAAAUAGGAGUUCCCGUCUUGGCGCAGUGGUUAACGAAUCCAACUAGGAACCAUGGGGUUGCGGGUUCGGUCCCUGCCCUUGCUCGGUGGGUUAACGAUCCGGCAUUGCCAUGAGCUGUGGUGUAGGUUGCAGACGCGGCUCGGAUCCCGCAUUGCUGUGGCUCUGACAUAGGCUGGCAGCUAUAGCUCUGAUUCGACCCCUAGCCUGGGAACCUCCAUUUGCCUCAGGAGCGGCCCAAGAAAUAGCAAAAAGACAAAAAAAUAAAUAAAGUUUUGGCAAAAUAAAAGAAACUAGGUGGGAGUUCCCGUCAUGGCUCAGUGGUUAAGGAAUCUGACUAGGAACCAUGAGGUUGUGGGUUAGAUGCCUGGCCUCGCUCAGUUGGUUAAGGAUCCGGCGUUGCCGUGAGCUGUGGUAUAGGUUACAGACUCGGCUCGGAUCCCACGUUGCUGUGGCUCUGGCGUAGGCCCGUGGCUACAGCUCCGAUUCAACCCCUAGCCUGGGAACCUCCAUAUGCCUUGGGAGCAGCCCAAGAAAUGGCAAAAAGACAAAAAAAAAAAAAAAGAAAAAGAAAGAAACUAGGUGAGUAUUUUGCAGAUAAUCUGAAAAUAAUCUACAUAAAUGCACAGUCCAGUUAAAUGUUGAUUGUCUGCAAUGGUCAAGAACAGCGGUGCCAGUCAUCAAAUAGGUAAUUCAUCCUGUGGUCACUGCUGACUUCCUGAUCCUGGGGUUUGGUGCCUAUUUGUACUUGGGGUUCUUGAGAAGCAUUUCCACACCCUGCAUGAAUAGUCUGUGCAUGCAGUCAUAAGGAGAAUGUAUUAGAACAGCUUGGAGCUCCCUUUGUGGCUCAGCAGGUUAAGAACCCGGUAUUGUCUCUGAGGAUGUGUAUUCAAUCCCUGGCCUCACUCAGGAGGUUAAGGAUCCAGCAUUGCCACAAGCUGCGGUGUAGGUCAAGAUGCAGCUUGAAUCUGGCAUUGCCAUAGCUGUGGUAUAGGCCAGCAGCUGCAGCUCCAAUUUGACUCCUAGCCUGGGAACUUCCAUAUGCUACAAGUGGGGCCAUAAAAAAAAAAAAAAAAACAGCCUAAUAAUAAAUGAUACCAAUAGGACUAAUUAUGCUUUUAGACACAUUUUAUUUCUGUCUCCUCCUCACAUAAAAGUUAUCCUGAAGGUUAAUAUUGAUCUAAACAAAAUAAUAGAAAAUUUUCCUUCUACUUUAAUUUCCAUUUUAAAAAAAGAAGAAGAAAAGGAAAACAAGCAAACAGUCACAUUUAAACCAAUGAGCAUUUUUUUGGAGUUCUGGUCGUGGCUCAGUGGUUAACAAGCUCGACUAGGAUCCAUGAGGAUGCAGGUUCGAUCCCUGGCCCUGCUCAGCUGGUUAAGGAUCCGGCAUUGCUGUGGCUGUGGUGUAAGCCGGCAGCUGCAGCUCCAAUUCAACCCUUAGCCUGGGAACUUCCAUGUGCCUCGGGUGUGGCCCUCAAAGAGAAAAAAUAAAAAAUAAAAAUAAAGCAGUGAGCAUUUUUUGAAAUGUCUAAACUACUGGUUGAGUAGAAGCUUGAUCCUUGCAGUAGAGUGAACUUUAGUGGUUGUAUUGGCUUGAUUGGCAGUUCUGAGUUUCAAAAAUCUGUCCAUCCAUCCCAUCCAUCCUGUGAGUGGAUCCUAUGUAGGAUGGGAUAGGAAGGGCGGUCCUGUCAGUGUCUCAGCCCUUUGAACAAAAGACCUAUUUGACUUGUUCAUUCCACUCUCAAAACAUUAACUUAAAUAAAUUGUAAAUGUGUUAUGUAUAUGUUGAUGGGAUGAGAGCAGUAUUAUUGAAUCAAAGAGACAUUUAUAUAUUAUUAUAGUGAACUUUAUGUUAGUUCAUUUUUAUCUUUAAACAGUUAUCACUCAAAGCCAGUGACUCCUCUAGUAUACCAAGAAAACCUUUCAGUAAAGCCAGCCUUUUUCACUAAGGCUUUGGUGUGUAUUUGUUAAGCAAUCGACUAAUAUGCUGCUGUGCUUUCUGGGUGGUAGAAAGUGUUUGGCUCUGGGAAAUAUUUACCUGUUUAUGACAGCAAUACUCAAAAGUAAUAGGAAAACCUUUUUAUUAAGAUUUUGUUAAUUCGGUGAGUGAAUUCAGAAUAAGUACAUUUACUUAUAAUGUAGGGACAGUUCUGCUGCUGUUAUUAAUGUGUAAGUUCUUCAGAUAAACAGCAAUAGAAUAAAAAUUAUUUCAAUGCUCUGUCCCAUAGGUUUUGUGUUCUGUUCCAUUAAGCUUGGUAGAAGAAUUUAAAGAUAAAUUCUUGAAACAUUAAAGGAUUAAAAAUGCCUUUGCAUUGUUCUUGGGUAUUUCCUUCUCUUGCCCAUAUCUGGUAAGUUUUAAAGCUGAUUGCACUUAAUUCCUUUAUUUGGAGAGUUUUAAUUCAUUGUAAAUAUAUAAAUUUGCAAAUGAAGGACAAAGAUGAGAUGGAACGUGUAUAUUUAUUGUCACUUCUUAAAAUACUGUGUAAAUAAAAUGAUAUGAGUGUGCUUUAAAGAAAUUUGUAUGUAGUGCCUUAAGUUAAAUAUAUUUGACUGUAUUGUUUGAAUUCAUAGUUAUGACUUUGCUUAUGAUUUUUAAAAUUUUGUGGAAUAAAAUAUACCAAAAUGUUUUGACCGUAAUUAUUAAAUAUACAAUGUGA